UAAUGGUGGCAGGCCGCAACGGCCACGCCCGUCAGCUGGCAGCGGCGUGCCAGAGCGUGCCAGAGCGUGCGCGCGUGCGUGCUUCUUGCUGCCGGCCCCGGUUCGUGUGCGGUCAGAGCAACGGCUAUAUAGGACCGUCAAUCACCGCUACUCAAUCCGUCCCCAACUCGUUUCCUAUUACCGCUACUAGUAGUAUUCCUGGUGUAGUCUAGUAGUACUCCUCCUCCUCCUUCUCCUCCUACCCGUUUCCUCAUGGCCACCGUACGCCAGAGCGACGGAGUCGCCGCGAACGGCCUUGCCGUGGCCGCAGCCGCGAACGGCAAGAGCAACGGCCAUGGCGUGGCUGCCGCCGUGAACGGCAAGAGCAACGGCCAUGGCGUGGCUGCCGACGCGAACGGCAAGAGCAACGGCCAUGGCGUGGCUGCCGACGCGAACGGCAAGAGCAACGGCCAUGCCGAGGCCACUGCGAACGGCCACGGCGAGGCCACUGCGAACGGCAAGACCAACGGCCACGGCGAGAGCAACGGCCAUGCUGAGGCCGCCGACGCGAACGGCGAGAGCAACGGGCAUGCCGAGGACACCGCGGCGAACGGCGAGAGCAACGGGCAUGCGGCGGCGGCGGCAGAGGAGGAGGAGGCGGUGGAGUGGAAUUUCGCGGGUGCCAAGGACGGCGUGCUGGCGGCGACGGGGGCGAACAUGAGCAUCCGGGCGAUACGGUACAAGAUCAGCGCGAGCGUGCAGGAGAAGGGGCCGCGGCCCGUGCUGCCGCUGGCCCACGGGGACCCGUCCGUGUUCCCGGCCUUCCGCACGGCCGUCGAGGCCGAGGACGCCGUCGCCGCCGCGCUGCGCACCGGCCAGUUCAACUGCUACCCCGCCGGCGUCGGCCUCCCCGCCGCACGAAGCGCCGUGGCAGAGCACCUGUCGCAGGGCGUGCCGUACAGGCUAUCGGCCGACGACGUCUUCCUCACCGCCGGCGGGACCCAGGCGAUCGAGGUCAUAAUCCCGGUGCUGGCCCAGACCGCCGGCGCCAACAUUCUGCUCCCCAGGCCAGGCUAUCCAAACUACGAGGCGCGCGCCGCGUUCAACAGGCUGGAGGUCCGGCAUUUCGACCUCAUCCCCGACAAGGGGUGGGAGAUCGACAUCGACUCGCUGGAAUCCAUCGCCGACAAGAACACCACCGCCAUGGUCAUCAUAAACCCCAACAACCCGUGCGGCAGCGUUUACUCCUACGACCAUCUGUCCAAGGUCGCGGAGGUGGCGAAAAGGCUCGGAAUAUUGGUGAUUGCUGACGAGGUAUACGGCAAGCUGGUUCUGGGCAGCGCCCCGUUCAUCCCAAUGGGAGUGUUUGGGCACAUCACCCCUGUGCUGUCCAUAGGGUCUCUGUCUAAGUCAUGGAUAGUGCCUGGAUGGCGGCUUGGAUGGGUAGCGGUGUACGACCCCAGAAAGAUCUUACAGGAAACUAAGAUCUCUACAUCCAUUACGAAUUACCUCAAUGUCUCGACAGACCCAGCAACCUUCAUUCAGGCAGCUCUUCCUCAGAUUCUUGAGAACACAAAGGAAGAUUUCUUUAAGGCGAUUAUUGGUCUGCUAAAGGAAUCAUCAGAGAUAUGCUACAAACAAAUAAAGGAAAACAAAUACAUUACAUGUCCUCACAAGCCAGAAGGAUCAAUGUUUGUCAUGGUGAAACUGAACUUACAUCUUUUGGAGGAAAUAGACGAUGACAUUGAUUUUUGCUGCAAGCUCGCAAAAGAAGAAUCAGUAAUCUUAUGCCCAGGGAGUGUUCUUGGAAUGGCAAACUGGGUCCGCAUUACUUUUGCUUGUGUUCCAUCUUCUCUUCAAGAUGGUCUCGGAAGGAUCAAAUCAUUCUGUCAAAGGAACAAGAAGAGAAAUUCGAGCGAUGAUUGCUAGUUGUAUAUCUGACUGAAGCUGUAAAUCAUUCCCAGUAUCCCCAUCUAUAUCUUUCAAUAAAAUGGAACUUUUAGUUCUCUAUGAAUAGAAGUCAACAUCUCCUUGAAUAUGUUCUGGUUGUUGUGGCCUGGACGAAACAUAGUGAAUGUUAUGUUAGUGAAGUUA